ACGUUAAUCCGACAAUGAGUGGCCGAGGAAAAACUGGCGGAAAGGCCCGCGCUAAGGCAAAGACCCGCUCCUCCCGUGCCGGGCUCCAGUUCCCCGUGGGUCGUGUCCACAGGCUGCUACGCAAGGGGAACUAUGCUGAGCGUGUCGGUGCUGGAGCCCCGGUCUACCUGGCGGCGGUGCUGGAGUACCUCACCGCUGAGAUCCUGGAGCUGGCUGGAAACGCCGCCCGCGACAACAAGAAGACCAGGAUCAUCCCCCGUCACCUGCAGCUGGCCGUGCGCAACGACGAGGAGCUCAACAAGCUCCUCGGCGGCGUCACCAUCGCUCAGGGCGGCGUCUUGCCCAACAUCCAGGCCGUGCUGCUGCCCAAGAAGACCGAGAAACCUGCCAAGGCCAAGUAGAUCUGCGCACCAGCCUCGUACCUGCCAAGGCCAACCACAAAGGCUCUUUUAAGAGCCACACACUCUCCUACA